GGGGCGUGUUGAGUGAAGCUUUUAUAUGCUGGGCUUGCCAGUGGCCCCGAGAGUCCGGGGUCGAGAGUUGUGGAUUGCAAAGUCAUGCACGGAUCGCCUUUUCCUGUUAGUAUCUUAUUGACAACGCAACGAGCCUGCUCUGUAUUAUACAGAGAACACCCAGGUGAAUAUGCAGGCUUCUGCUGAAGUGAAGAACAUUUGCAAGACUCCAUGAUCUUUAAUUCCACUCCUAGUUGCACAUCUGCUGCUUGACAGAUAUGGCUCGUGAUGCUAGAUCUUCCCGAUUAGUUAAAAAAGAAGAGAUAAUAAAAAAGAAAUCAAGCCCAGUAAAAAAGAAGUCUUGCCAAGUAACAAAAGAUGCCAAGAAAACUUCCCCAAAAGCAGAAAGUUCUACAAACUGCAAAAAGCCAGUGGAACAAAAGAAUGACGGCAAGAAAAAAACACAAGAAGAGAAACAACCGUUGAAUACAACAUGCAGAUUACUCAGGAGCAGUGUCACCAAAGCCUUGUCUGGAACAUCUUGGAUGAAUCUGGGAUUAACUGAUAAUGUUCUCUUUCAUAACCAGCCUCCUUUGAGCUACAAUGGUUUUACCAUGACUCUUCGCAGGAAACCAUUUUCCCAUAGACUGUUACAGACAUCAGCAAUCACACGAAUGAAGAAAGCAAGCCCAGAGAAAAGUAUAGAGACAAGAGAGAAGCCUGAAUCAGGAACCUCCUGUGUAUUAGAAAGCAAUGAAGCAGAAGAAACGGCAAGGGAUUUCACACACAAUUUAAACCAGGUUGGUGAAUUAUCUUUUCCUAAAGGAGAUGACACUCUGUGUGAUCCAGAAGGUCACUCCUCUGAAUGUGGCAGUCGAGCUAAAAAGGGAAAGAUGCCUUCUGAAAAAAGUAUUUCUGCUGCUAAUGAUGAUGUAUCAGAUAUCCAUAAUCCAGAGAUUUUAAAGGAGGAAUACAAGUGUAACAAAUUUGUGUCUAGUGAGCAGUCUCUGAAUGAUUUGCCUCCUAGUACUUGUGAUGAAAAUUUUGCUGAACCUGCUCCCCCUUAUUUACAUCUUGACUCUGCUGUUCCUAUAAAGGUACACGAAGAAAGUGAAUUAGGAACAUUUGUGAAAUCACAUUUUAAGACUUGUUUUGAUAUGCCUUCUGCCCCCAAAGAAUAUUCCUGUUCACAUUCCAAUUCCACGUUAAAUCUUUCCUCGGAAGCAAACUCAGUGGUACUUGUAAAAAGAUCAGAGUCUUCCAUAGAAUCUCCUUUCAAAACUGGCUGUGAUUUGGUGCUAACUAAUUAUGAUCCUGAUGCUGCCAUUUUGAUUACCUCUGAAUUGAUUUCAAAAUUGCAUUUAGAUGACUCACGUGCAUUACAAGGGCCUCACCUCAAACAAGAUUCUGAGCCUACCAUUCAAGAAGAAGAACCUGUCUCAUGCUGCAUCUCUGAUCCAGGCCUUUGUGUGGAAUCUCAUUUACCAAAGGACUUGGAACAGGAGCCAAGCAAUAAAGCACUUGAUUCUUAUUUCAACUCCAGACAACAUUAUUCAGAAUGUGACCAAACAAACAAAGUGUCAGUGUAUGAACAUGUUUCUGAUACCUCUUUGACUAGUUUUAUCUUGGGAGAUCUUGAGCAGACAUUUGAAAAUAUUGCUGUAGAAGCUUUCGAUUUACAUUCAGGUGCUAUGCCGGUUGCAUCACUCAAUCUAGAAACUACAGCAAAUUCAGUUUCAGUAAGCAGUGAUGUCUUUAAGGAAAGUUUUCCAAACUCUUCUGAAGGUGCUAAUUCAGGUCUGCCAUCAGACACUGCUGAGAAUACAGAUACAAAGACAGUUGUGCUGGAUGAAUUCAUUCCAAAGCCUCAGGAUCCAUUGUUGCAAUUGGGAAGUGAUGGGAACAUUGUGAACUCUGUUCAGGACACCAGGAAGUGUGACACCAAUCUUGUUGCAGUAUCAGAGGUGUCCUCCUGUGGAAAUUCAACUGGUGGUCUUCCUGUCUCGUUUGCGUCUUUGCAACCUACGCUGGAAAAGAAAAAGCGAAGGCGAUGUGGAGUGUGUGAGCCAUGUCUGCGGAAAACUAACUGUGAAGAAUGCAGCUGUUGCAGGAAACGCAAAACUAGUCAUAGGAUAUGUAAAAAGAGAAAAUGUGAAGAACUGAAAAAGCCUCCACCACCACUACCCCUCUUAAUGCUACCCGUCAUACCAUUAGAGGUGCUAACUGAAAACAAAAGGUCUCAGAGAAGAAAACAAAGAGUUCAAAAGGGAGACUUAGAAAACAAACCAGUAAAUGGCUGCAGACCAGAGCUCAUGGAAUGUGUUGCCUAUGGCCAUGGCGAAAAACACAAGGUGAAACCAAACCAUUCAUUGUCCUGGGAAAAUGUACAGGCAAAUGAAAAGGGAAGUAUGACUGGCUUAGAAACUGAAAAGUGGACACAGAAUGAGAAGCCAUCGCUUAGCGUCCAUGUGAAUGGUGACCUCUGUAGACCUGGAACAAGGAACGAGAACUCAAAACAUUUUGAAAAAGAUUCAAAAGCCGUUUAUUCUUCCAAUGUGUUAGAUGAGCCCAAAAAAUUGCUUGUACAAACAGUUAGAAAUGGUAUUAAAAGCAUACCUUGUUCACCAGCAGAAUGUGACGUGUUGCUGGAAAAAACAAGCGUCAGUGCAAGUGCAGAUCUGGCGAACAACUGCCAAGAAAACAAUUCUGUUGCCUCUUUGGAUAGUGCUGCUCAGCUGAACAAUCUCAGCACUUUGACAAUAGGAACGUGUGGUGCUCUUCCAGAAAAGAAGGAUCACGUUCUAGAGCAACAAACAGAAAACUCUAAUGCCAUUCAGGAAACUGAGAACUCACUUUUACAAACCAUUUCACUUUUAGAUCUGCAGGCUAAGCCAUCUUGUACUCCUGUGCUUGAAAAAGAUGGCAUUAUUUAUGAUGGUGCUUCAAAUAUACCAAGCAAAGAUUCACAUCCUGAAAAUUUGUCACUUCAGUCAACUUUUUUAUCUCUGAUUAAAAACCGAAAUUUAACUGUAGAACAGGUUGUAGCUAUUGAGGCAUUAACACGUUUAUCAGAAGUCCCUUCAGGAGCUACUUUACCAGCUAAACCAGAAAGAGUUCAGUGCGUAGAACAGCAAAGUUCACAUUCACUUAACAAUUACAAAAAGGAUAAUCCAUGUUUCUUGACAUCAUCUGCAUUGAAAGUAAUCAAAGGGAGUUGUUCACAAAAAGACCAGCAGCUCUUUUCUCACGCUCCUUCACAGAGAAGACUCCUUCCUAAGAGUUCCUUAACAUCAUCUGCAUUGAUAGCAAUCAAAGGGACUUGCCCACAGAAAGACCAGCAGCUUUCUUCUCAUGUCCCUUCGCAGAGAAGACUCCUUCCAAAGAGUUUGCUUUACAAUGGUCAAGGUGCUAAUUCUGAAUUCCCCAAUAAAACUCCAAGUCCAUCUAGCUUAUUGCGUAGAUUACAUUUCUCCCCACGAGAUACCAAGUCUUUAUCUGCAUUAGUAUCUGGUGGAACUUCAGGUCAUACCACCAAGAAACAUUCUUUUUAUCAUAAAGCUGUCAUUGGGCCAUGUUCCAAAAACUCAAGUACUAUCAAACAGCGGAGGAGCAGAGUGGAGAUGCUUGGGAAAUGGGAGGGAAAGGCUCUUCACGGCCCAAAUUCAAAAAGUAAUUCUGGAUUUAGGGAAAGUAUUCAUAGCCAGGAUGAGGAAGAGGUAGCCACCCAAUUAACUCAACUUGCAGCAAUAAUUGAAUCAAACAAAACAAGCCCAGAGCAGAAGACAUCCCUUCUCAGUCGAGUACCACCUGAUAUGCAACCAAAGCAUAAACAGGACCAGUGCCUAUUGCAGAAGAAACAAUCUGUAUUCGUAAGGAACAAUUAUAGUCCAUUGUUAGUCAAGCAAAGGCAACCAACAAGGAAAAAUGAUAAAUCAGUACCGAGGGCAAAAAGAUUGAAAAAGAAGCCUCAGGUAAUGCCUGACCCACAAAAUCAGCUACUGCAAGAAUGUCAGCUUAGUGAAUUACAGGACAUACCAAGAAAGCCUUCCAAACUACGCAAGGUUGGUCGAAACGUGUCGCAGGAUUCAAAACUAACUGCUUUGGGGAAAAAAUCUUCCAAAACCAAAGUGCAAAAGGCACGGAAUCGUAGUGCUUUGCCAUCACAACAAAAACCAGCUGCAUUAUUUCUUCCCAAAACUCAAAUAAUAUUCCAUAGGCCUUUACCUGCCUCAACACAAGACAAAAUGAAAAGCAAGCUGUUUGGCUGUGAAAUGGUGCCUGAGCACAUCAAAACUAUUGGCUCCAAUGAUGCACAGGGCACCAGUCCUCCAAGUGGUGCCCCAGUUGCUCUGCACCAUAGUGGCUUACUCUCCAAUAGUCUUCUGACUGUUCCUCACUUAGAAGCAACAUCCUGUUUGAAUCAAGGUAGUGAAAACGUAUCGAUGUUUACAGAAAAGGUGAAGAAUUCUCAGGUACAGCAAACAAUGAAUAUCACUCAGAUGCAUCUUUUGCCUCAGAUCUUUAGUCAAAGAGCAGGUGAGAUGUGCAAGGAAAACCAAACAAAACUUGAGCAGGAUGCUGUGGAGCAACAAAUGGGUCAGAAAUUGCAAACCCUGUCCAUUAACUGUGGCUUAGACUCUCCAGGGGAAACCAGGGAGGCUCUCAAGAAAGCAGUGUGUGCAAGUGAAGUUGCAGUUUCGACAUCAGGAAGCUUGGAGACUGAGGACACACACAGAACAGGGAUCUUCGGAUGUUCUCCAACAAAGAAUACACUCAGUAGUUUUCUUGAAUCUCCUAUGAAGUUCUUGGACACCCCUACAAAGAACCUAAUUGAUACACCUACAAAGAAAGGACAGACUGAUUUUCCAAUUUGUGAUUGUGUUGAACAAAUUAUAGAGAAGGAUGAAGGGCCAUAUUAUACACACCUUGGAACAGGACCAAGUGUUGCUGCAGUUAGGGAAAUAAUGGAGGACAGGUAUGGAGCAAAAGGAAGUGCUGUAAGAAUAGAGAUAGUGGUGUAUACAGGCAGAGAAGGAAAAAGUUCCCAGGGGUGUCCAAUUGCCAAGUGGGUGAUACGAAGAAGUAGUGAUGAAGAAAAGCUGCUGUGCUUGGUUCGACAGCGUGCAGGACAUCACUGCCAAACUGCCGUCAUCGUGAUACUUAUUUUGGCUUGGGAAGGGAUUCCUCACCUUCUGGCUGACACACUGUACAAGGAACUGACCCAGAGUCUCAGAAAAUAUGGCUGUCCAACCAGCCGUAGGUGUGCACUAAAUGAAGAUCGUACUUGUGCCUGUCAAGGUCUUGAUCCAGAGACAUGUGGAGCAUCCUUCUCAUUUGGCUGUUCAUGGAGUAUGUAUUACAAUGGCUGUAAGUUUGCCAGAAGCAAAACCCCUAGGAAAUUUAGACUUCUCACAGAUGAUCACAAGCAAGAAGAAAAUCUAGAAAAUAAUUUGCAAACUAUAGCUACUGAUGUUGCUCCACUAUAUCAGAAACUAGCCCCUGAUGCUUUCCAGAACCAGGUGGAAAAUGAGCACCUAGGUCCUAACUGUCGACUUGGGAUCAAGGAGGGUCGCCCUUUUUCUGGUGUCACAGCUUGCAUUGAUUUUUGUGCACAUGCUCAUAAGGAUACACAUAACAUGCACAAUGGAAGCACUGUGGUUUGUACUUUGACAAAAGAAGAUAACCGUAUGGUUGGGGUGAUUCCAAAUGAUGAGCAGCUGCACGUAUUGCCCCUUUACAAAAUUUCACAAACAGAUGAAUUUGGCACAGAGGAGGGGCUGGAAGCCAAGAUAAAAGCUGGGGCAAUACAGGUGCUUACUGCCUUUCCACGAGAAGUAAGAAUGUUAGCAGAGCCGCGUAAAGCAACAAAAAAGAAGAAACCAGAAACAAAGAAGCAAACUUCUGCAGAAAAGAAGUAUCCUACACCUGUAAAGGGGAAAAGUAGAGUGCAGGAAAAUAAAACUUCACAAAGUUUAGGGAGCAAAGCUAACACACUGCAACCUGGGGAAAAAAUGGAGAGUGGUGAUCACCUUUCUACCAUAAAACACAAUUCAGACAAUACUAAAAAUUGCUCUAUAAAGCAAUAUGCUCCUUCCUCCCCUUUAAAGCUGGAUAGUUUGCAUUCUUGCUCUCCAUUAAGUCACAAAGCUGGUGGUGUAAUGCCAGUGACUAAUAAUCAACCAGACUUUUCAACUCCCUACGGGUAUUUGCAAUGCAGUAGUAACAAACCUCACGUGACACCCAAAGGUAAGAUCUUUGAUGUGUCCAUCAGUGAUCAUACUGGAAUUUUGCUGGAUCAGAAGAGGAAUGGCAUGCCCACAUUUCUUCAAGACCUUACUGUUUCAAAGUCCACAACCUACAGAGAGGCUGUACCCUACACACUUCAACGAAAAGUCAACAAGCAAAAUAGUGAAAUUAAGUUAGAAAAUUCUCCUGCCUCACAGUUGGCUAGCUCUUGUGAUUCAUCAGUGCCAGUAAAUGCUCCACAAGAUGUAGUUGGAAAUGAAGUUAGUUCUUCCCAAGAGUGUCCAAUGCAAAAAGGGGGCUUCAAGCACCCAAAUAGUGAUUCUGCCACUGUGAAUAAACACCCAGGUAGUGAGCUCCUAAAGCGCACAGAUUCUGAAGAAAAAGAGGAAAUGUGGUCAGACAGUGAGCAUAAUUUUUUGGAUAAUGACAUUGGUGGGGUAGCUGUAGCACCAUCACAUGGGUCCAUCUUAAUUGAAUGUGCACGUCGUGAACUACAUGCCACAACUCCAAUUAAAAAGCCAAACAGGAAUCAUCCCACACGGAUAUCUUUAGUCUUCUACCAACACAAAAACUUAAAUGAGCCAAAACAUGGAAUAGCGCUGUGGGAGGCAAAGAUGGCUGAGAGAGCAAAAGAGAAAGAAGCAGAAAAAUCAGGCAUUGAAAAUACCAAUGUACAGCCCAAUGACAGGAAUGUGCACCAGGCCAAUGCCACCAGAGAGAUGUUCUAUGAAGACAAUGAAUUCAACCAAAUUCCAUCCCGCCGAGCAUUAACAGUGACUCAUGAUAACAUCAUAACGGUGUCUACUUAUGCCCUCACGCGAGUUGCAGGACCAUAUAACCAUUGGGCAUGAAUUUUUAUAGCAACUGUACAACCUUGCCUUGGAGCAGUGUUACAUUAUAAUUCCUAAAGGUGCUGUUAAAGAACAAAGUCUUAUACGGUUUACUCUUUGUUCAUCUCAACCAUUUUGAAGGCUGAGGUAAAAAAAAAAAAGUUUUUUUCUCUUAAACUGUGACUUUAUAUAUUUUAACAUCUGAUGAUUCUCAAGCACAUUUUAAGCAAAAAAAAAAAAAGACAAAUUAGUUUGGCUAGGUUAUUAUUCCUGACUGAAUUAAUCAGUUUAUUACCUUUUGGGAUUUAUACUUUGGUGCUUUAAAUUGUCUGUUUACUACAAAUGGGCUUUUUAUAAAGAUUUUAACAGAUUUCACCUUUUGUGAUGUAAAAUCAAUUUAGACAGUAUUAACUAUACACAACUCUUGGUGCUUAAUCACAAGCAGUUAAAGAUAAGCUGAUUUUUUUUCUUCAUGGUGCCAUUGUUCCAACAGCUUCCAAUCACUGCUGUGAAGCCCAAGUUAAGGAUAACAAACCAAUGCUGAUUUAUCUGUGUAUAGAUUUUUCAAGUCUGUAUAGUUUGUGUGUGUGUGUGUAUGAUUCACACACAUCCACACACAAACAGUAUCACUAGUGAUGGCUGGAGGAUGUAACCUGUAAAUAUAUAUAUUUAAAAGCACUUUCUAUUUUUAAAGUUAACUUGAAAUAGUAUAAGGAUCACACAUGUCUAAAGUUUGUGCGUUCUCUAUCAAGGAAUUUUUUUUCUUUUGCUAUGUAGAGUUCCAUACUGCUUCAACAACAGUACACAUAUACUAAGAAUAUUUGGUUUUUAGACUCUUACACACACACACCACUUUUCCCCGUUAAAAUCUGGUGUGCUUCAGUUAAUAAAACAGAAGGUUCAAAUUUGCAAAUUUAAGAAGCAUUUUAUCCAUACCUGUGUUUGUUGUCAGAAUUGAUUUGCUGUAGUUUAUUUGAGCAAUAAGUGCAUGUGUGUCUCUCUCUCAUGCACAGCACUGCAAGUUACGUAUUAAAACCAAAUGUUCCUAGAGUCUUGGGGUAGAACUGUUACGGCAUCAGAAAUUGCCCUCCUUAUUAAUGCCUUAUUAAUAUUCUGCGUAGGACUCUUUAAGUUUUUAAACGGGAUGUUUGCAGUUAGCAGCAACAUUUGAUUUUAUUAAAUCUACCAGCUUGUUCACCAACUGUUAGCUGUCAACACAGGAAGUUUUUAUAAACAUGCAGGCCAAUCCAGUGCAUGGUUAGUGAGAACUUAAGUCCUAGUAUGUUCAGUGGGAUUUUACAGGAAAAUGUACAAUUGGAGUCUCAUUCUGUAAAAUCUUCUCCUCCCUAUUGUGAAAAUGAAAUAGUGGCACCCAAGGGGUUAAUUCCCACAAAUUAUUGCACAUAAGAGGGGCCCACAGCAUGCAGAAGGUCCCAUGUUCAAUCCCUGGCAUCUCCAGUCACAAAAAUAGGAUCUCAGAUAUGCAGAAGUCUAUAUUGUGCUAUGUCUCCCAUUUGAGGUCCAGCUGCAUUAUAAUUUGCACAUUUGUUGAGGCACAAUUGCAGUCACCCAAGCAAAAACAUGAACAUGCCUCAGCCAAAAGCAAAACUAGAUGAACAAGAAGGUGAAGUAAAAAAAACUGUACAGAAAUAAUAUUUAAUUUGAAUAAACAUAAUACUAAUUGUAGCAGACAGUGGAUAAUACUGAUAAAUCUGACAAUAUGGAGUGUUUGUGUAUAUAUGGGGGGUAUUAUAAUUUCAAAAAGUCUUCCUUCAGUAAGAAAUUAAACAAAAUAUAAAAGCAAAGCUACACCAGCAGAUUAUUUUAAAACCAAAGCUAAUUCUGGAUACCACGGCUCCUAGAGACAGAAAACCAAAAUGAUAAAGGAACUGCAGCAACUCCGCCAGGAGGAAAGGUUACAAUACUUGUGACUUUUUAGUCUAGAAAAAAGUCAAGAAAAUUGUAAAGGUAUAUAUUACAACUCUGUCAUCCAUUCCCCCCCCCAAUGACAUGUACACUGCAUAGUUAAAACUUUGGAAUCUGCUACCACAAGAUGUUAUGAUGGCCACCAGCUUGGACAACUUUAAAAACAAAUUGGACAAAUUCAUGGAGAAUAAGGCUAUCAGUGGCUACUAGUCAUGGCAUCUACUAGUCAUGAGCGCUAUGUACUACCACCAUUAUUGGAGGUAGCAUGCCUCUGAAGACCUGUGACUGGUGAGCACAAGUGGGAAGAGUGCCUUGCAUUUGGGUCCUACUUGUGGGCUUUCCAUAGGCAUCUGUUUGUUCUCAUUAUGAGAACAAGAUCCAGAAGGGCUGUUCUUACGUUGUUAAAUUUUUGUAACACUUGUGGUGCCAGUUGUGAUCCUUGUAUUGAAAAUAUUAACGGAAAGGGGAACCAUCUCAUAUAGAACUUGUUCUAUAAACAUCACAUAGGUAGCCACUGAAGAAGUUGGUUUUCAUCUGCUAUAGGCCAGGGAUAGCCAACCCCCAGUUCAGCCCCCCCCUGCAAAUUUUUCUGAUCUCUCCGUUUUGGUGGCAGCAGCAAAAAAGAAAGAAGUAGAUGCAGAGCUGGGGUGAGCAGAGCCCAGUGCCCUGAUGGGGAUGCAGAUCACACCCAUCCCUGGUCAUCAGGUUGAUCGUGUACCUAAUCAGCUGAGGAGGAGCAAUGUCUGCUUGUGUGGGUGCACACGCAGGAAUGCAAGAGUGUGGGGUGGUCACACUUAGUGCUGGCUUGUGGCCCUCAGAGGGUUGGUCAAGGUGAAUGCAGCUCUUGAGUAAAAAAGCUUAACUACCCCUGUGCGCCCACGCAUGCUCUCUCCACACAUAUAUAUUGUAUGUAAUAUCAAAAAAAGAUUCAGAAAGGUAAAUCCUAAUACAGCGACAGGCAAUCAUGCAACAAAUAACUCCCAGAUAGGCUGCAACUCUCUCUUUAUGAUAGAUUCCAAGGGUGGUAUUCAACUUAGUUAUGUCCACUGACUUCAGUGGGUCUACUCUGAGUAAGUUGAAUAUCAUCUAUGUGUAUAAGUGUGGUUCCUCCAUAACUACAGCUGGCACCACAAAUGUUGCAAGAGUCCAAAAUCUUUAGUUUUGAUUUUAUAAUUGUCUGCCUAGUGUACCUUUGUUUUUGUAUUGUAUACUGAAUCUCACUCACACACACACACUCUUUGUACUGCUACAUUAUUAGGGGUAUCGGUGUUAUCUACUGUUUGUUGACUUUAUAGAUGUUUUUGUUUAGUUUGCAUAUUCAGUUUAAAUUAAAUGUUACCUUCUUAUUUUUCUUGUCCUUUGGGUUCAUCUAGCAUAAAUGCAGUGACUAUUUUUCCCUUUUCAUAUGAUUUCUAAAUCCAUACACUUUCCCAAGCAUUACAGAGGAAGACCCUCUCCAAAUCUUUUCACAAAAUAUAUGUUCAGCUUCACAUGGGAACAGUGGGUGCUUGAUCCUACAGGGGGACUUCUCAUUUGUAAAGCUCAUGGCAGAGUUUGCUGACUUCAUGCUUGAAGCAUAGUUGAUGGACUGAUCAGUUUGCUUAAGAGACUUGAAAGAGGACCACUGAAUACGCAUAAAUCUGGCAAAAGUGUGGCACUAACAACUACUACACAGUUUUCACAUCAGAAUCAAUCUUGGGAAAUAUCUACAAAUCUAAUACAAUAUCCACACAUUAUUGUCACCUCUCCCAUGCUGUUCUUCUAGUAGUUCUGUUGAGAACAGAGCUAGAAAAAUACUUCAGAUUCCUAAGAGCAACUUUCAGAUUUUUAGGUGACCACCUGACACAGGUGGUUUUUCCUAGGGGAAAAACAUUCAGAUUCCUAGACAACAGCAUCAAUAUUUCUACCUGACUAGAUGCCAGGGAUUUUACUAACUCUGAUGAUGUGAAUCCAGACAGAGGGGAUACUAACAGAUUAAAUACCUGGGUGCCACAGUACACUGAAUUGUCUGAGAGCAAUGGUGCAGUACUGAUGAUGUUAUAAUGCAGAUAGAACUGAUCAGACCUACCUGAAUAGGAGCCCCAUGUGAAAGCAGGUUACAGUCAAUACAUAGAUUGUGUGAAUUAGCCUUUGCUUUCAAAUAGCAAAUUAAAUUAUUUACUUUCUCAUAAUGGUGGCAUCCUAAUUUAAACAUUAGGAGAGGUGGACACUCCGCAUCUGGAAAACUAGCAUCUAACUCCUUUUCUCUCUGCCCUCUUCUUUUUUGUUGUUUAUUUUAAUAAGCCAGUCACAAUCAAAAUAUCAGCCUUCAUAAGAAUCACAACUAUCAAGGAUCUGCAGCUUAUAUUCAAGAGACAGGGCAUUUUUUGGUAUUGACCAGUCAGCUCAAAUCAGUGGGCUGUGAAUCGGCAUGUUUUGUAUGAACAGUGGUUGCAGGCCAUAAGGAUAAGCUCUGGUUAUACUUGUGAUUCUCCAUGGUGUACAUAAAUUCCACAGGUCUAACCAGAGCUUGAAGUUUUACCAAUAACAUACUUGAUAUUGUAGUGGUGCUGUAACAAAUAAUGUCUAGAUCCACUAGACAUGGUGCUUCUAUUUUUUGAAUGUCUGCCAUGGUUGUGUGUCUAAUCUGAAAAUGUUUUUGGUUUGGAAAAAAUAUGUGAAUUCUCUAGUUUACCUUAGUUGCCUAUUAUUCUGGCCAUACAGAAAUGUAAAUGUGGAAUUCAUCCCAAUUAUGCCACUGUAGCUACUUUUUAUAAUGUUAUAUGUAUAUCCCAAUCAAGGGAUUUGAGAGCAUCAGAAGAGAUUUAUAAUCCUCUGCUGCAUUCAUGGGGCUUCCCUAACUCUCUUAUCUACCAAACAGAUUAUCAUCACUGUCAUUGGUAAUGUUGCAGAGAACUUGUUAGGCACAGUGGAGAACAAGAAUGGGGUGUUUGGAUAGUGUCUGGCUCCUGCUUAUCCCCCCUGCCCCCAACCGAAUGUGAUUGGUGCUGUAUUAGUGAUAAAAACUGAUCAACGAUACAGGUCUGGUGUAGGAGCACUAUGUAUAAAAACUGGCGCUGGAUGCAGGAAGCUCCCCCCCCCUUAACAGCCAGUUUCAUUUUUUCAAAGUCUUUAUUAGGUUUAAUAGAAAUACAAAACAACCAUCAACAUAGAUUGAAACUAUCACACAGAAAACACAGUAUACAAUAGACGAAAUAUACCAUCACAUCAGUUGAUGUCAGUCAUCAUACAGCUGUCAUAAAUUAGCCAAGUACCCUUAACAGAAAAAAGCUAGAGUUGAAGGGGGUCUAACCCUGUCAUUAAAGAUAUUUUUAAAACUCAGAAACAGAAACCACGCAACGUCAAAAUAUCGAGCCAGUAUCAUUAAAAUCAGUGUAUGUAAGUGCCAUUGAUUUUAUGUGGGUCUCAAGUAAGUCUGACUUGUUCUCGGUUGUGGCUAUGAUCUAUGGGCCUGCAGACACUUGAGGGUGGUCUUAGGAACAUCACUGAGAUUGUGUGCCAGCAUGAUUGCAUUCCAGAUAACAUCCCGUACCUAAUGGAUAGGCACAACGUUGGUCACAUGGCAAUGCUGUUGAGAUUAUUUCAGCUAUCUUUUUGUCCAAUGAAUCAACUGAAGUUAUAACAUCCAUAUAAAGUGUAUAAGAAGAGCAAGAUUUCAACCCAAUCUUUCUAUUUUUAAAGCAAACUUUGUAAAAACCCAUAUGCUGCAUUUUUGUCAGUUCAAAGAUUAUGAUUAGUUCAAAUAGAGGAUAUGUGAGGAUUGUAAAUAAUCUAACGUCAAUAUGCCAUCAUUUUGUACCAGCAGUUUUCUGCUUCUUGAAUAUCUAUAAACAUUAAAUUGUUAUGGUAUUUUUGUGUGCCUUAGAUUUGCAUUUUAAAAUCUGUAUAUUUUUUUGUGAGCCUAAAAGUUAUAAAAAAAAAUAACAGCUGUUUGUACAGUAAGUAGGGUCGUGAAUUCCUCCAGCUACUCAUCUGUGCAAGGUUUUUUUUAGUACUGCUAUCUACUCAGUCAUGCUGUGAAAAGAGAGCUUUGCUGAAAGAGCUACUAGUUGCUUAUACAGGGAACUUCUAACUUCACCCUGUCACAAUUUUAACCAGUACAGAAUUAAAAAAUAAAAAUCCCCAGUUUACAAUAUCUGCAUAGCAAGAUUAUCACCAUUUCUUGUACAUUUUUUCAGUGUAACAUUUUCAGUAUGCAUAUUACUACAAAUAUAACGCUGAUUGAUAGAAUUCCCCUUGAUACUUUCUCUAUAAACAUGAUACCAUGUACUUGGUUUAUGUGAAGUUAAAGUUCAGAUCCUGAAGCAAUUAAUUAAAAAUAAGCAUUGCUAACAGCUGAAGACAGAAUAGCCACGUCAAAUUGGAAUGAUCUCUGAACAUCAUUUCUUAUUGUGGACUGCAAAGUUUUGACUUGGCUACUGGUAGAAAACCUGUUGCUCUGUUUGAAAAAGAAAGCAGAUCUUAAAAUGACAAUGCUAAAUGGGAAAACACAUGUAUUUAAAAUGUAACUGGCAACCUGAUGCUAAAUCCAUUACUUGGAAGUCCUGCUGAUGUUAAAAUAAUCCCAUUGAUUUCAGUGGGCCAUGCUUCCGUAUGAUGAGUUUAAGAUAGGAGUGCAUGAUCCUUUUUAGCAGCUAAUUGAGCAUUAGUCAUCAGGUUACCAAAACGUUUAAAAUAUCUUAUUGAAAUUAAAAAAUGUUUAUAAUCUGAUUUCAAUUGUAUAGUUUAAUUACUUUAGAAUUAAUUUGUAAAAUACUAUAUUAUGAUUGUUGCACAUAGAAAAGAAUAUAGCCAGUUGUAUUUUUAUAAUCACUGACGUAACUGCAGUUUUAUUAGCAAAUGCUAUCUGUCAACCAUGCAUGCAUUGUGAGAACUGGCAGCUACUUACUGUAUAUACAGCUGUUUGCUAUUUAUUGUAGCAUUUCAGAAUAUUUAUCAUUUUUACAUAGAAAUCAAUGUAAUUUUGUGAAUCAGCUUAUAGCUACAAAGUUUUGUAAUACUAUUGUCUUGUAAUAGUGAUUCUUUACAGCUGUGACAAGCAGCAAAAUCUUCAGACUGCUGUAGCAACACAAAUCCCUUUUUAAAGCAGUUUGGUUUAAGAUUCCCCAUUGCUUUCAGUGUGUCCUUCCAGGCUAGCUGGUUCAGGAGCUAGACACAAGAAAAUGACAGGAAUUUUAAAAGACGCAUCUGUUCCUAUAUUGGCUGUAAUUCCUGUUGAUGAGAUUAUCAGUGGCUUUUCGGUCUACAUAGUGCUUGAGGCAUGUAACUCAAAUUUGGUCCUGCGGUGGUAUUUUGUUCUUUUCAUAUUACUAACUCAUUCCACUGAGUUCUCUGAAAAAUGUUAUUAGCAGUAAAUUGAGGUGCUUAGGUGGGUUGUAGGUAGUUGGCUGGUUUGUUAAUGUGAGGAGGGCCUUGCAUAAAGUGUAUAUUCUUCACUAGUUCAGACUAGUUUACAGCUUUGCUUUACCAUGCUUGUACAAAAACACAGCUUGUAUUAUCAAGCCUUUCCACUGAGAUUGCCUUUUUGCUUUUAAUACUUUCUUGCUAGGGCUCCACACACUGUUCUUGUUACCAUGAUGCACCUUUAACUUUCCUCUUGGGAACAUCUCUGAAGCAGGCACAAUCUGAAUUAAAGGCAAGAUGCUAUCUAGGAUAGGAUUUCUUAAAUCAUGAAAUACAGUUGGGUUGCCUUAAAUGUGUGAAAAGAACCACUUUCCCACAUAAUCAUUCUUUGAUUUCUUAGGGAUAGUACUAUGAAAUGUGCUAUAUGUUCCUGGAAUGUUGAAGGUCAGUCCUUAUGGAUUUUUUACCCUCCUCCCCUAAAACAACAGCUAACAAGGAUCUUAACAGUGAGAGUCACAACCUGUGUAGAAGCACUAUAAAAGUGUGAAUGAUCUUUCAGAUUCGGGCGGCUAUUAGUGGUCUUCACUAACUGCUGUUAGUUAGUGGUAUCUGUUUUUUUUACAAAUUUGACCUUCAUGACUCUGAUCUAGCAAGGUAGUGUUUAAAUUUCAUGAAAAUGAGUGGGGUUUAAUUUACUCAUAGCAUUUAUUUCAGUGUGAUUUAAGCACAAUUAGCAGUCCCUUGAUUUGGGCCAAUAUGUUAACAUUUGUGUUUCUGAGUAGUGUUUUCUGUGUUACCCCCUAUGUAGAUCAAUACAUAACUCUGUGUCUUAGCAUAAUAUUGUAACAGUCAUGACCUUUAUAAUUUUAAUGAUUACAUGAAGCUAAUUACUACUUUGGGCAGUUGACUAGCUAUGUUAAGUUUGUUAACAUGGUCCUGGUUAAAAGUUAUAGAGACAUUUAUUACAAUUUUCUUUGAGUUCACAUUAAAAAUAUAGGACCUGAUGCUAUCUCAUCAGGUAUGUCAGAGUGUGUCAUGGGCCUACCUUUUAAUCAUGCUAAGACAACCCACAGCUUAACCUGAACUCAUAGGCCCCUGGAGAGCAUGGCUACUUUGCUCUUUCCUGGUUAUUUUGCUGCUGUGCCAUGCUAAUCAGUGAUUUGACUUAGCUUGUUGUUCAAACCCAGGCUUGUGUUUAAGCUCUCUCCAGACUAAUCAUAUACUGUAAUCAAGUUUGUCCUUGCUAUGUCACGCAAACAAGGUUCACUUGUCCAAGAACUAUUUUCUUCUUCCCGCUGCCUCCCACGUUAGUGGUUCUGCAACCAAAUCCUAUUUUUCCCCAAAUCCAUGGCUUAGAAAUACUACAGUAUGUGGAUAAAUACCUUCUUAUUCCCCCCAUUCAAUAGCUGAAGAUAACUAACAUGGUCACUUUAAAGUGACAUUCUGUACCACUUCUUGGAUUAUUCAUGCACAUGGGCAGUAUUUCCAUUGUAUUGCAGUAAUUAACUCUUAACAUUCUACAAAGUCAUGAGACUUCUGUUUGCAAAUAAAUGGUUACAGUUUUUUUACUUCUUCUGUGUAUCAGAUGUGACUCCUUAGGUGUAUGCUAAUGGUUUCCCAUAACAUGAUGACCUUCAUACAAAAUUGGAAAAUUUUUUGCUAAGCUAGAUGGGAAGUGGGUGAAUGUUAGCACAGGAAAACAAAUAUGAGGGCCACUUCACACAUCACAGAAGAAACAGAUGCAUGUUAGGUAUAUCAUAAGAAAAACCUGGCUGGAUCAGGCCAGCCAGAUGCCUAUGGAACCUGUAUGCAGGACUUGAAUGCAAUGGCACUCUCCUUGCUUGUGAUUCCCAGCAACUGGUGUUCAGAGGCCUACUGCCUCUGACAGUGAAAGGAGAACAUAGUCAUUGUGACUAGCAGCCACUGGCAGCGUUAUUCUCCACGAAUUUCUCUAAUCUCCAUUUAAAGCCAUCCAAGUGGGUGGCCAUCACUACAUCUUGUGGGUAGUGAAUUCUAUAGUUUAACUAUACCCUGCGUGAAUAAAUACUUUGUUUUGCCUUUACCCAUAACAUGAGUCAGCCACAUACCUUUUUAUUUAUCCAAACAUACUCCAUCAGGAAACGUAGGUCUGUUAACUGGGAGGAACGGUGGAGGAAGAUGUAGUAUGACAAGUUAGAAAAAAAAGAUUCACAGCUGUCUCAUAAUUAUAAUACACCUAAUAUUUCACAGAGUGUAGAAAGGGCCACCGCUAUUUAACGGCAAGACUAGUUAAGACUAGUUUCUGUUUUGAAGUGGGGCACACCUACUGCCUCGACAGCCCAUCCAUCUACAUUUACGUACUUAUUUAAGGUUAACUUGACAUGUGGCCUAUUCAUGACCAAGAUGUUACUGGUCAGAGAGACGUUAUUUUGAAAUCAUCAUGAGUCCCAAUCUGUCAAAUGAAAGAUAGAAAACGUUGUAUGUCACAAUAGGUAAAAAGCCACAGGCAUGGCUGCAAGCUCUCACCUGAUGCAUAUGCUCCUUUUGUUGGUAGGCCUAGAAUCUCAACCAGCACUAAAAUUGGAGACCCCUUUCCUCAGUUCCACCUCAACUGUUUUGUAAGCAUAUCAAGUCUGUCACAUCUGAUAAUCUGCUCUCUCAACCUGCAGGAAGAGACAUAAAAACAACCUAAUUUCCAGAAGUAGGGGUACUAGGUCAUUGCACUAAAAAGCACAGCAUCAUGCUUGCCACAUUUAAAAGCUGGAUGGUACAAUCGCUCACUUAUAAAGGCAGAAAACUGCCUGUUAAUCAUUGGAGCCAUGUGGACACAGUAUCUUGUGUAGUGAACCACCAAGUAACUACACACUUCAUUCUCAUUUGUACACAAGGAAGCUAGGAGAGGCACAGCAGCAAGCCCCUGGGCAUUGCUAGCUCCUGAACAGCUGACCUAAGAAGAGAGCCACAGUUACUCCCUCCUUAAGUGGCUCUUGAGUUGUCCCUCUCAAAGUUAAAAGUAGUUGAGGAACACCUCCUAAGAUGUAUGGGUGGCUUCUCAUCCACACCAUCCAUUGGAUGAAGUAGACUUGGCUAGCAGCAAAAGCUUACACAAUGAAUCGCUUUUCACCCUAUAGACAGAUGUACUAUCUUAUAAUUAGCACAUCUCAAUUUUACCUCCUUUUAAGUGUAACUUAACCAAGUGUUGUAUGUUGAUCUUCCGUCAUCACACACUCAAAAUGGUGCUGUUACAGAUUUACUUAGGACCCCAUGGCUGCCACAAGUACUGUUGCUACAUGAAAAAGUGGUCUCAAGUGUUAAGACCUACAGUUUAAUAAGCCUCUUUUCAAAAGCUGAACAUAAAGGCAGAUUUUUAUUUAUUAACACCAGUUCUUUAUGUCCAUCUUGCGGGAUAAAUGGGCACUCAGAUAUGAGCAGAGUUCUUCCCAAUAAGAUAUGUCCAGUUUGAUGUGAUUAUAUAGAAGCAUUAUAAAAGGGGAAAAUUCAGUUGUGUAAUCAGUAAAGGAUUCUUUUCUUUGAAGUUUUUCUCUCUUUCACUACAUACAGGCCAGGUAGGGUCAAAACAAUGGUGUUGGUUUCAUUUUUGAAAUUAGAGAUUAAAUUUAAACCUUUGUGAAACCAUCAGCCAAGUAUAUCUGGGUCUGGUGAGUGAUGUCUUUGAACCAUAUGUCUUGGGUUGCAUAGCAGAAAAAAGGUUGGAUAUCAAAGUAAGAAAAUUAAAUUAAAAUACAUGUUAGGUUUACAACUGUGGACAUACUUUAUCCUGUUUUGCCAACAGCUUAUUUGUCCCAUGAAAUGGCUGAAGCCAUGAUACUGGUACAAUUUGAUAAGGCUGUGGAUAAUUUCAGCAUUUGGCCAAUGUUUAAUCAUACUAUGUUACCAACAAUGUUUUUGUAGUCCAUGUUCCUUGACCAUUUGAGAUAGGAUUAAUAGAAUCUUGCCCAACUUCAUUCCCUAUUGUAGUAAAUCAAAAAACAUUUGUAGUAGGUAACCUUCUACUAAUCACAGAUUUUUUCAGUUAAACCUACUAUGUAGAUAACACAUGUUCACAAGUCACUGAAGGAUUGACAUCUUAAGGUGGUAAUGCUAGAAAGCGAAAUAAAUUACCUAAACCUGUAGUUCUGAUACAUAAAACUUUGCAGCUGAAAGAUUGCUCCAGAACUGUGUGUGCAUUUACUGCAGUCAUAAAAUUGAGCAAAAAUGUCAUUGUUGUUAGGAGUUUCAAAUUAGCAAGCAGUAACUUGGUAAAACAUGAGAAUUAAAGUUGUAGUGGCAUAUACUCUGCAAAUACAUUUUUGUUUAGUUAAAUGGCAUGAGAGGCACCUGAAAUGGUGGGUAGUCCGAAAUUCAUUUUAAAAAGAUUGUAGGGUUACACCGAUAGAUAGUUGCACAGACGCACGAUUUAAUAAGUCAAUUCAGAUAGUUGGGUUUCUGCUAUAUAUUUUAUCCAUAUUUGAUAAAUGUUUGAGAUUUAGCAAGAAUAUACAUAGUUCUUGCAAAUGUGAAUGUCAUUUUAGAGUUCUAGCCAAACGUGGCAGCUUUGAGAUUCUGUCAGUUGUGUACUUCAGUGCUGAAUGUAGCUAGUACCCAAGAUUUUGAAGCCAGAUAUGCCGGUAAUGCUUUGUAAAAUAUUACAAAUCUGUUCAUUGUAGUUGCAACAAAACAUUUUGAUGUUAGACAUUUUAAGACCUUAUUGUUCCAGUUUUUGAACUGCUGUGUCUUUUUUAUUGUAAUAUUACAAAAUAUUUCAGAAGUACAACUGUGAUCUAGAGAGAGAGAGGGAAAGGACUGCUGUUUAGAAAAGCAGAAAUGCUGCUAAGUGCAUAAAGGGGUGUACUGGAUUAUGACUAUGGUAAUUAGAAACCAAGGGUGCAAUUAAGUAAAAAUUAGUUGGAACUAGCAGCUAAUCUUAGGCAUGCUUACUCAAAAAUGUGCCACUGAAUUAAAUGGGGCUUAUUACCAAGUAAGUGUGUUUCGGAAUGAGGUUAUGUAACCCAAUCCAGUGCAUGUUAACUCAAAAGUAAAAUUUACUCACUUCAGUAAGGCUUACACUGGGGUAAAUUAUGCCUAAGAUUAAAGCCUUGGUGAACAAAUUCAGUGCACUGGUGCUUUCUUCCAGGUAAGUGUGUGUAGCCUUAAGCAUGUUUGUUUGGAAGUAAAUUGUACUGAGUUCAGUGAGACUUCUUAGUUUGCUUCUGGGUGAAGAUGCACAGGAUCGGAUUGGAUGUCCCAAUGUUUUCAUUGGGAUUUAGUUGUGACUAAUGUCACUGGAUUGUAUCCAAAUGUAAUUAUAUAAAGGUAUCAUAACAAGCAUGUUCAGGUCAUUCAGUUUUAAUAGCCAAAGAAAAAAAGAAAAUGCAUUAUGAUAAAGCAGAAGAAACUUGAGUUCUGUUGUUGACUAAUAUUCCCUUUAUCAUUUUCUUCCUUGUGUGUGUGUGUGUUUUAAACUAAGGUGCAUACAAUAUUUAUUUUUCAACAUAUACCUUUGAUUUUGGUGGAUUUUCCCUUUAACAAUCUACUGUAUUUAGUGAUCUGAUGGUUGAAUUUUUUUUAAAAGACAAAUACAUUUUUUAACAUUUACCAUUAUUUUUAGUUACUAAUAAAUGGGAGGAAAGCACUUCACUAUUUCACAAUACUUACAGGAAAAAAAAGAUAAAAGCUACUUCAUUUCUUUGGGGAGAAAUACAUUUGAAUAUUCUCUGCAGACAAAGGGAACGCUUACCAGCAGUACUUGAAGACGUGAGUUUUGACUGCAUGUUACUUGAAAGAUCUUACUAAGCUACUCUUUUUGGUGCACAGCAGUUGUACAUGAUUUCAUGUUUAUGUAGCAAGAUGCAUUGAAAUUGUAUUGAAACACGUGUAAAGAUUGUUGUUGUGGAGAUGGUCUGGUUUUUUUCCAUUAUUUUUGUUAUGUGUCAUGUUUGUUUAAACCUUUAAAUGUUCCUUUAAAAAUGUCCUAAAAGACAAGAUAAAUU